AUGGGCUACCUACUCCGUUAUAUCCUUCUCGUGACACUCAUAGCCUCAAGCGCCGUCUUAUCCCUUCCACAGUCACCGGCACCAUCCAAAGCCAGCGCCGACGGCCAGUGUGGUGGAGAAUUCACGUGUGGUAAUACGGAAGAGCACUGCGGUCCUGGCUGCAACCCCGCCUUCGGUCUCUGCGACAUCCCGGCGUCGUCAACCUUCCGCACCGUUACCCAGCAACCAGCAACAUCAUGCCAAAAAACGGAGACCGUCUUCCGCACUAGUAUCACCAACGUGACCCAGACGGUCAAUAAAACCGAGAUUGUCGAGAGGACCGUCUUGCUCUUCUCCACUAGCACCGUUCUCCAGACCAGCACCAUCUUGCAGACCAACACCAUUGCCGCGAGCACCAUGGCAACUGUGACUAACAGUGACGGUUUCCGUACUACUUCCUACAACAGCCACAGCCACAGCGAUACGGACGGUAACGACUAUCGUAGCUGGAAGCCCCGUUACCGUGCCGGUGACAAGGACUGCAACUACGACUGCGACGACAACGAGGACGGUGGAGAGCCCGGUCACCAGGAUUGGAACGAUAACUGCUACUGUUACCAGAACAGCGACCGAUAUCAGGCAGACCACGGCGACUGUGACGAGAAUUAUUACUACUACCGCAAGAACCACGCGCAGGAGAAUAACCCGGACGAGGACAAGGACGAGAACAAGGAAUGGAGAAGAGAUAAUUGA